CUCUCUCUCUCUCUCUCUCUAAAUAUAUGUAUCCCUCUGUAGUCUCACCCACCCCCUCUCUCUCUCUCUAUAUGUAUAAUAAUAUAUAUAUAUAUAUCUCUCACCCUUAUCCCAAACCGACUUAACAACUUUUUAUUUCCUUACACCCAAUAAGAAAAAUAAUAGUAAAUUAUAAAUACAAAAAUACCAAAAAGUACAAAAGACCAUAGGGAAUCAAAAACCAACAGAAAACCCUAAUUUUGAGCCACCGAAACGAACGUUCGUAUUUCCCUCCCACCCUUGUAUUUUUACCCCUCUACCUCUUGCUUCGUGUUGUUUUCAACUUCUAAUAGUAGUUUCUACCAAUGAAACCUCUUCUCAACUCUUGGUUUGUUUGAUCCUUUAUUACCGACCGUUGGAUCUGCUAUUUUGCUCAGAUCUGAAACCAGUAGGACUACCCAAGCUUUCUCCGGCCGAGAUCUGACCCACACUCGCCGAGAUCUGACCCACACGCGCCCAGAUCUGACGAUAGAAGAUCACAGCAUGGUCGUGAAUGGCAGGCCUUUGAAGCGGAUGAAGAGGCGAGUCACGGCCGGCCUCAACGACUUCCACACGUUCCCCUCCGCCGACUAUCCGGCCGGCGGGCCCUUCAGGACCAGCGUCAGGGCGUUCCUCUCCACGCACGCGAUACUCCCGCCGCCGUCGUCUCUGUUCCCCCACCUGCUGACGUGGCAGAUCCUGUUCCGAGUCGGUGGUCUGGCCGCCUGUCCCGACUCGUCGCCGGCCGUCGUGUGCCUUGACGUCGUUGAGGAGGACGUGGCCACUUCUAGAUCCAUCUACUGCGACCAGUGCCGAGUCGUCGGUUGGAGUGGUAACCCAGUAUGCGCAAAGAGGUACCAUUUCAUAAUCAAGGCAGAUGGUGGUUCCAUUGGUGGGUACAACAAGUCAUGUGCAGGCUGUGGAGAUGUUUUGCACAUAUCAGAGUCUAGGUGCAAGUCUUGCAACCAUGUUAUGACUGCAGAAGAUGUUGAAGACUGGAUGUAUCACCAGUUAGAUGACACAACCCAUCUUCUACAUGGUGUGGUACAUUUAAAUGGUUAUGGGCACCUUCUUAGAGUCAAUGGCAGAGAAGGGGGAUCUAGGAUACUUUCUGGAUGUCACAUCAUGGAUUUUUGGGAUCGCCUGUGUAAAGUACUUGGAGUCAGAAAAGUUAGUGUGAUGGAUGUGUCAAAAAAGUACGGAUUGGAGUUUCGGCUGCUUCAUGCCAUCACCAAGGGUCAUCCAUGGUAUGGUGACUGGGGUUAUGUGUUUGGUGCUGGUAGCUUUGGUCUCACUCUUGAUGCCUAUAAAAAGGCUGUUGAAACCCUCUCCAAUCAGCCUUUGUCAAUUUUUCUCUCUCAACGACGGAAACCUCGCACUCGCCUGCAGGACUUGAUCUCAUUCUAUCAGUCCUUAUCAGAGUGCGAGCUUGUAAAUAUUAGAGACCUGUUCUGUUUCUUGCUGAGUUUGAUCCAUGAUGCCCACAAGAGUUCCUUGAGGGUUGAUGAUGCCACCUUCAAGAAGGGUCAGUUUUGUGCUUCAGGAGUUUUGUGCGCAUGGACUACCAAUGAUAUUGAACGUGUGGAAGAAGCAAUGUUUCGAGUAUUAAGGGCGGUUACUGGUUCCAACUGGGUGAGUUGGCGUGCUCUUAGGGGUGCAGUUUGCAAAGUUGCUUCUCCAGAGCUUCUUGAUUACUGCCUUAAGGAGCUCCAAGGAAAACAGACUGCCGAUGGCAUGGUUGUUCAUGCUCGCUGCAAUCCUGAUUCAGGUGCUAUGGAGUACAGACUAGAGCCAGGAAGUAUUCCCUUGAAUGGAAAUACCACUGUUGCCACUUCUUUUAUUACAAACUGCCCUUCAGAAGAACAUCUGCUGCGGGAUCUCAGAUACUUGUAUGAAUCCACGUUGCACCCUCGGACCAUGCUGAGCCAUGGACCUCAGGCGAACAUGGAUCCUGUGAUCAGCUCAGCUACAAAGCUCCUUGAUUGCAAGCAGUUUGUGAAAGAGUACCACCUUGAGAACAUGUUAUCGAUUGCAAACCCUUCUGCAACACACAUUUCAUGUGAUGUGGAGCUCAUGGAACAAUCUGAAGAAAAUGCCACUAAUCAACCACCACCAGAAUUGCUGGUCUUGCCCCCCAAAGCUACUAUUUCUGACCUCAAGCUCGAAGCAUCAAGGGCUUUCCAAGAAGUAUAUCUGAUGUUUAGAAGAUUUCAGGCGGAAGAGCUACUUGGCUAUGGCGGUGUAGAUGAAUCCACCCAGGUCAAGCUCUUGUUAGGUACAACUAGAUCAGUACGAGUACGAGGGAGAUGCCUGGUGAAAAAUGGGGUGAGUAGGUUUAGAAUGGAGAGGGGGGUUGAGAGGUGGACGGUGGACUGCAGGUGUGGGGCGAAGGAUGAUGAUGGGGAGAGAAUGUUAGCUUGUGAUAUCUGCAGUGAGUGGCAGCACACAAGGUGUGCUGGGAUUUCAGAUUUCGAUGCUGUUCCAGCAAGGUUUAUUUGCCACAGAUGCAGCAGCAGCUCAGGCCAAAUAACAAACACAGGUGAGCAGGGGAAGAAUGAAACAGGGGUUGUUGGUGGUGGAGGCGGCGGCUUUGGCUUGGGGAAGAGCUUGACAAAUGCUUUUUGAUGUACCUGGGGAUGUUGUAAAUGAUUUUUCUCCUCUUUUUUUUGGUGGGAAGGAUUUUUCUCGGGUCAAGAAGAAUGUUGUCAUGUGUGACCAGGCCUAAAGAAUGCAUCCAGCUGCUUUUCCUCAAUCUUGUUGAGAUUGUGUAUAUAUUUUUUUUUAUAGAAGAAUUGGUCUCUGUAGUAGUAACAGGAAAAAGGAAAAAUACAAGGAAAGAGGAAAUUAAAAGAAACAAGUAGGGAAAAGAAAAGGCUGCAUUUAUAAAAGCUGAAGAUCACAAGUUGCAGGCUUGCUUUUUGAA